UGAAAUUGAAUUUUACUCUUUUCUAACUCAAGAAUUUAAUACAUUUUUAGUUUGAAUUCACGGCAAUAUUUAAUUCAUUUCGAGAAUGUAUUUAAAGAUCAUUAGUUUCUAUUCAGUCGUGAUAUUAGUGUUACUUUUAUGUGAAAUAAAUGGCACAGAAAACGGCGCUUUAUGUCCGCCACAGUCGCUAAUGAUUCCCUGUAUCUGCAACUCUACCACCAGAGAGAUAUCAUGCAAGGGAUCAGACAUUGCGAUCGAUAGUGUGUUUGAAAGGAUCGCUCGCUUUCUGCCGGAAUCGGACCGAGACUUCGAGGCGUUGUAUUUAAACGCCCGAUCGGUGUCACGACUGGAGGCCAACCAAUUCAAAGGCAUCCGUUUCAGACAGAUUCUGUUGGGCGGCACUAAACUAACUCAUAUACAUAGAGAUGCCUUCAGGGGUACACACCUUCAUGUGAAAGAGUUGUUCGCAUUCGCCACCAAUUUAUCCAUCAGUGAUGACCACAAUUAUAACUUAUUUGAAUCGAUAUCUCUGUUGAAAAACUUGCAACGACUGGUCAUUUCUGGCAGUAAUAUCCAUACCAUUCCCGAAAGGGCGUUUAAGCCGAGAGACGAGCGAAGUAUUCAAACAGAGUUAACGGAUAUAGAGUUGGGUCUGGGAGUGAGCGCUUCCAUCACAUCCGUCGGUUCCCAUGCAUUCGCAUCGUUGCCAUCGCUGCGGACACUCAGCCUUUCAAACCAAGCCAUUACUUACAUCAGCCGUAAGGCAUUCAGCUUUGAUGAGCCAUCAAAUAAAACGCUUGCCAUUGAUUUGACGGGAAAUCAUUUGAAUGGAAACAGCUUUGAUAGCCAGGCCUUUAUUGACGCUAAUAGACCGAUCAAAAUCUAUUUCGGUCUCAGCAGCGGCUGUAACCGGAAUCUGACAUUUCUCAAUCAAACCGUAUUUGAACCGUUUCUCAAUGACAACCAAUUAAAUACCAUAGAUAUGGGCCGUGGAUGUGGUGGUCAUGUGCUGUGCGAUUGUCGUAUGCGAUGGAUUGUCGCCGGAAAUUAUGAACAACAGAUCAAGAAUCUCAAGUGCGGUGACGGCGGACAACCCCUAAUCGAUUCAAUCGCUAGACUCGACGCACAGAAAUGUGGGUCAGGAGUGCCAGGAAUGGCAGGCGUGGGUCAGAAUCCGAUGUUCACCGGCAGCUCAUUAAAGCCCAGAGUUGUGGGCAAUAAAUCUCGAUCUCUCACCGCUGAUGAAGACGAGGAUAAUGAAUUGGAGACGGAUUACGAUUACAGUGAGCUCUCGCGGGCGGACAUGUGUCUGACCGACGAGUGCUACGAGAUAUCGACCGAAAUGAAUAAGUAUUUGAACAAAACGUUAAAUCCUUGCGACAACUUCUAUGACUACGCCUGCGGCCGAUGGGAAGACUCGCAUCUCUUGGAAUAUUUGGUCCAAUUGUUGUCAAACGGUGGCAAAGAAUACGACAAUUUUAUCUCUCAUUCAUCGUUUGUUUUGUCGCAAACAAUACUAUCGGAUAUGAAUAGAAAGAGUUUAGUGAAAGACAUCGCCUCUUAUGCCAAAUAUAUACAUGACGUGUCCGUACUAUUCGGCGCACCGGCGAGUGUUCAUCCCUCAGACAACAAGACAAUCACAUCUGCCAUCGAAAUCAUAAAGUUUGAGUCUGAGAUUGCAAAGAUCUCAGAGAAAAGUAUGGGAAAGGAGUUUCAAUUGGAGCGACAAUUCAAGACAUUAGACUGUUUUAUACCAGAAGUCAAUUGGACUGAUAUAUUCGCUAAUGUCUUACAGAACCAUAACAUGAGUGCCAAUGCAUUGAAUGACAUGAAUGUGAUCGUCGAUAUGCAUUAUAUGAUACGGUUGUCUAAAUUGCUCCGUAAGACCAGUCCCACAGUUAUCGCUAAUUAUCUCGGAUGGAGAGUAGCCGAGACGAUGGGCUUUCUGGUGGGCGGCCCUCAGUUCUUAGAUCACCAACGUACAUUUCACGACAUUCAAUCCAAUGAGAGAACCAAGACGUUAUGGAAACAGUGUCUGAAGCCAUUGAAGACACAUUUGCCGUAUUUGUUGACUCGAGAGUAUGCGAAGAAAUAUUUGACACAACCGGAGAGACAUCGAGUCUACGAAAUCGUCAAAUCAGUGAAACAAUCGUUCAUUGAAUUGAUGGAAGAGAAGCAAUGGUUGGACAAUAAAAGUGAGUUUAUUAACAAAGUGUCGACUAUCAGAGAGAAUGUCGGAUAUCCUGACUGGUUGUUCGACGACAACCAAUUCCUGGCAUUUCAUCAAAAUUUGCAAUACCUAUUGGUUUACUUCAUCCGCCUUUUUAUGACAGCAAAAGACCGGCGUAUAUAUAUAAAUUUCGGAUCCAUUGGUUCAUUCGUGGGACACGAGAUAUCUCACGCCUCAAUGCCUCGCUAUAACGCCGACGAGCGGCUGUUGUAUCCCUGGAACGACUCCAACAUCAAUGUCUUCUUAUCAAAAGCCAAGUGUUUUGUAGACCAAUACAGCGCUUACUUCGACCAAUCGAGUGAUAUGAAUUUGGACGGUAUGAAGACCUUCGAGGAAGAUAUUGGUGACAUCGCUGGCCUGAAAGCGUCGUUCAACGCGUUUAAUAACAUAAUUAAACAAAAUCUUAACAAAAUCUACAACGAUAUCAAACUAUUGCCCAACUUUUCGCAAUACACACCACAACAGCUAUUCUUCCUCUCCUACGCACAGAAAUGGUGUCGUUAUAUAAUCCCAUCGCAAGUGAGACACAAAAUCCUUCGAGGAGUGCAUUCGCCGGAGAAGUACAGAGUGAACGGCGCGCUCUCCAACUUUGGACACUUCUCUAAGGCCUUUGACUGUCCGCUCGGCUCUAAUAUGAAUCCAGAAGUGAAGUGCGAGAUGUGGUAGAAAUCUUUCGUUAACUUAACGCUGUAUUUAAUAUACUUUACUGUAUAAUGUUAUAUAUUAUAUAAAUAUAUAUUGUAUAGUGUACUGUACCUUCCCUUUCCUCGCUUUAGUGAACACAC